AUGGCGAACUCGUGUCUUCAACUGAGCGGCUUUCUCAUCAGCUGCCUCGGCUGGCUGGGCAUCAUAAUCGCGACAGCCACCAAUGAUUGGGUGACUAUGUGUAAAUACGGAUUGAACACAUGCAAGAAGAUGGAUGAGCUGGGAGGCAAGGGACCCUGGGCGGAAUGUGUCAUCUCCACUGGACUCUACCACUGCGUCUCCCUAACGCAGAUCCUGGACCUGCCAGCCUACGUCCAGACAACUCGUGCCCUGAUGAUCACAGGUUCGAUCCUGGGUCUCCCAGCAGUGGGAAUGAUCCUUAUGUCCAUGCCCUGCAUCAGCCUUGGCAAUGAACCCCAGUCCUCCAAGAACAAGCGCACCAUCCUGGGAGGAGUGCUUAUACUCAUAGUCGCACUUUGCGGGAUGGUGUCUACGAUCUGGUUUCCCUUCGGCGCUCACCAGGAGCAGGGCCUCAUGUCAUUCGGCUUCUCCCUCUACACUGGAUGGGUGGGCACUAUCUUCUCCCUGCUGGGCGGGUGCAUUCUUACCUGUUGCUCCUCAGAGUCCUCCUCAUCUCACUCCUAUCAGGACAACAAUCGUUUCUACUACUCCAAACAGGGAGGUGGCAACCCGCCAGCAACCACCACCUCCACCAAUCACGCCAAGAGUGCCCACGUCUGAGAGGGCCGAGUCGGGGGACUGUAGUUUGUACAUAGAGACAUAUACACUAGCACACACGUACACAUACAAUCAUACAGGCACAUCUAUAAUGGAAGAGAAGGAGACACAUGAACACACUCAUUCAUGUUCAAGAAGAAAACACACAUUCUUGAUUGAGCACAAACAUUCGCACACACAAACACACAAAGACUGUUUUUGUUGGAGCUCUUUUGUUCGUUGAUGGAUUUUUUAAUUAUUAUCACGGAGCUCAUCUUCCAGCCUCCUCAUGUUGGGCGUGAUGUGGACUCUCCCUGCUGUUACAUAAUUGUACAAGCUCCCGAGUAACAGCAACCUGAGGUCCCAAUCACCCAAGGCUUUGUGGACUGAGAUAUCGAUCUUCUAUAUUUCUUCUAUUUUUCUAUGUAGACGCUCCGACAGAUGAAAUCUUACGUGUGUCUUUGAUGAUAGAUGUUUGUUUUAAAAUCAUUUAAUAUCAUGUUCUGUUGUUUUGAUAAGAGCAGGAUAUGACAGUAUUACGUUUGGAAUUGAAAAUCUGUUGAUUAACAUUGUUUAUGUUCAUUGAUUUUUCUCUUUGACAGUAUUGUACAACUCUCUAGUGCGUUGGCCUCUUGACUGACCAACUUGAUUAAAAAACGCAGCCCUGCAGGACGAUGAGGACGUACUGUACAUUUCACAGGAGAGCUUCAGCCAGCUGUGUUACAUUCUGUAUUGUAGCCUUAAUAUGUGCACUCUCUUGGCAACAAUAACUUAUUACGGAGAGUACAAAACCAAAAAUAUCUCCCCCAUAAUCCAAACCUUACAGAUUGUUAUGUGACUAACUCGUUUCUAUUUUUAUUUCAACUGAGUGACAAAAAAAGCAGCUUAUCCUGUAACUGUGGACUUACACAUUUCCAUUAAACAUCUUAGUCAAACUUCCUCGCAUAGACUAGGUCUGUAGGCUGAAAGUAUGUUUCUACAAGCGUGCACAAACAGUAUUAUUUUAGCAAUAUUAUCUUCUCUUGAAGGAAUGUGAUGACUUGAAUGUUCACUAUCUCAAAAGUGCUCUGAACAGAGAUGGAAAUGUCCAACUCAGAUCCGCGCAGAAGCAGUAUUAGCUGGUUAUUUAUUGUUUCACUAAUGUGCUAUUCUUUGAUUUUCUAUAAUAAAGACAAAAUAAUUA